AACUACACCAGCUUAGACACGGGAUCAUCAGUCACUCAACCUGUCGACACCGGCAUUCUAAAUGGAAUUCAACUAGCCGAUUUGCCAGCACUGUCUCACAAGAUGUCUCAUCCUGGCGCAUCGGCUUCGGUCGAGCCUGCCUCUGGCCCUCCCACUAGUCCACUUGUCAUAAAUUUGCCGGCGCAUGCGACUGAGAUACACCCUUUCUUCGAUUUGUGGGAUAAAGACAAAUCCACGCUUUGCGAAUGGCGUUUCACAUGGGAACAGGAAUCCCUUGAUCGUAUGGCAAAAGUCUGGGAGGAUAUCAAGGAAGCUGCUGUUAAAGAAGGCCUCAUUGAUGCAACGGAGCUUACGACAUAUGCCUAUGGCAAGCAUGAAGAAGUACCAGAACAAUUACAGGGAUACUGGCCUACUCAGAUGGCAGUCCAACUGAUAGUAUGGGAGUUUACAGUGGCUGGAAAACAGCGACUUUUCGCCUGGUUCAAGUGUUACCCUUUAAGGGUCUCAAGAGAAUGGUGGAGAGUUCGCUUCGAUAACUUCAUUGAGUUUGAAGAGUCCGCAGAGGGACCGUCCUUACUCGCAGAACGCACAAUGUUCGUAAUGAGAAAUGCAGACAACGAGCAUGUUGCAGACUUUUUCACAUUCGAUUCAGCUACGGGUACCAUUAUCGAAGCCCCGGAAGACGACAAGUAUGCGGCUAAAAUCUACCUCGACCUUGAAAGCCGCCACCGUAAGCGUAAUUCCGAUUUUGGAUGCAUACGUGUCCGUUCAGACCAUGAGAUUAUCGACCGGGAGAAGAGGAUGCUUGCUAUGCAAAAGAGGAGACAAGAGUUAACCGACCAAGAAAGUGAAGACGAAGAUGAAUUUUUCACUAAUGACUCUGAAACGGAAAGCUCGACAGCUUCAAUUGACGACCGCCUUAAGUUCACGUCCAGUGGCCAUCCUAUUCUCUUUUAUGAUUCUUCAGAUUUAUCCAGAAAAAACCACAUCUUGUAUGGUUCUCAAGAUCCAUCUGAGGACAAGGACCUUGAAGGUUUCGUAGUGCCGGAUACUCCCUCGACAUCAUCUGACGAAUCCUCGACAUUAUCUGACGGAUCCUCGCGAUCUGAAACCGAAGUCGGAGACUCGGUGUCUGAAAGCAAAGAAUCUUUGGAGGCUUCAGAGUCCUUUUCGGGAUGCUCUUCAGAAGCCGACGAGCCAAUGUUCCGGGAUCCCUCAAUCGAUCGGACUGAAACUUCGUCUGAAGUCGAAUCGACUUAUGAUCUUUUUGGGGCAACUUAUGAGCUCUAUCGGGCGCUUUUGUGGAUGCGUUGCCAGCCCGUAAAAGCCAGAGCCGGAGAAGACGCAGAUGCAAAGUCGGCAGAACUGGAGAAACGUGUGCUCGAAUUGGUUUCCAGAAUCGACCCUUCCAAAGUCCAUAACGGAUCAAUGCCGAUACCGCUGCUGCCUUCGAGCGAAGGGAACCCGGAACUCAAAAUGGAAGAGUUAGGGCCGAACAACGUGGAAUCCACCAGAGAAUAUAUCGAUCACCGACUCAGAAGCACGACUCCUGAACCUCCAGAUGUUGCUGGGGACAGCAACGACGAACUCCGCAACACAAUCAAGGGAUUGGAAGCGACCGUCCGCCUUCAGGGUGCUAGGAUUGUAGAGCUUGAGAAAGAAAACAUGAAGUUGCGAAAGAAGCACAUGCUGGAGGAUGAGACUGAUGAGGCCCGUCGCGUCAAGAGUCGUCAUUCUUGAAAGAUUUCCCGAAGUGCUCUGGUUUCAACUAGUGUUUUCUGGCGUCAUGCUUAACAAAAGCAGGAAGCCACUGUACGAUAGAACAUGAAAAAGGUAUAGCUAUCCUGGCAAGUUGCUCACUACACGAGCCAUGCAAAGGGAAUUGCUGGACGGCGGACAGCACGGUUAUUUUCUUUUGUUUCUCAGCUGCUUG